UCUAGAUCAAACAGUCAAACAAACAACCAUCAGCAAACAAGCAAAUUGAAUUCAUCAGUUUUGAAAAGUAAAAAAUCUAAAUCCAAUCAUCAUUAUGAAAUUAUUCAUCUGUUUGGCAUUGUUUCCAUUAUUGAUGGUGGCAGCAAUCGAUGUCGAACCACAACAACAACUAGAAGAAGAAUUGAUCAAUAUAUUUGAAUCUGAUGAACAACAACAAAAUGAAGAAGCAGAGAAAAACGAAAUUGAUACCGAUCGUCGUCCAGUAUUCCGUUGUCCACGACGAUUUGGUUAUUAUCCGGCACGAAGAUGUUAUCAAUUUAUUCAAUGUUCAAAUUAUCGCCCGUAUACAAUGAAUUGUGCACGUGGUACACAAUGGGAUCAACGUCAACUAACCUGUGUCCAUCAAACCGAUUGUCGUCGACCACGAAACUUGGAUGAGAAAGAUACCGAUGAUGAAAAUAAUGAACGUCGUCCACCAAAACAAUUCCGUUGUCCAAGACGAUCUGGUUAUUAUCGUGCCCGUAACUGUUAUCAAUUUAUUCAAUGUUCAAACGGCCGUCCAUAUGUAAUGGAUUGUGCACCAGGUACACAAUGGAAUCAACGUAAACAGACCUGUGUACAUGCAACCAAUUGUAAACGACCACAAUCAAAUGAUGAAGUGGAUGAAAUUGAACGUCGUCCAGCUCAAUUCAAAUGCCCAAAACCGUCCGGUUAUUAUCGUUAUCGGGAUUGUAAUCGCUUUAUUCAAUGUUCAAAUGGCCGACCAUAUGUAAUGGAUUGUGCACCAGGUACCCAAUGGAAUCAACGAAUGCAAACAUGUGUUAUGCUUCGUGAUUGUCGUCCACGAAUGGCAGAAGAAUCGGAUGUUUCAGAUGAACAACAAGAAGAAUAAAUCUUGGUACGACAUUUCAUUCGAAAAUAUUUAAAAUAAUUAAUCAAUUAUUAUUUCUUAAUUCUCGCGAGUUAAUUUAAAAAAAAAAUUUAAGUUCAUGACAGAAAAAAUCGAA